AUGGGUGAUAGACAAGGAGGAAAUUUAUUACUUAUUGAUUACAGAUUAGCUGAGAGACAAUUAGAUAAUAAACAAUUACAAAUUGGUGAGCAGAAAAUCAAUCGUGUAUUCUACUUAUAUGAAUAUCUCAUUCUAGCUGAAGAAACACGAAAAUUACUUCCACAGUUGUCCAAGGAAGAACGUGAAAUAUCUUUUAAACACGUCAGGAUUAUAUAUCAUACAAUUGCCGAUUAUAUGAGAACAUAUUUGCCAUUGAACAAUUCUUUUUUAUGUGAUGUACAAGCAUCAGACCACUCGCGUUGUGCUGAACCAAAUACAAUCGAUCCUGUUCUUCGUCUUGCCCGAGCAGUGCCUGGUCUACUGUCGUUGAAUGAAGUUGAUCUUUUACGUGAUAAAUGCUUAUCUUACUCAAUCGAGACAAUUGAUCAGUCAUGA